AUGGCUACCAACACUAAUGUUCCCGAUGCUGCCUCUUUUGCUGCCCCGGUCACUGGUCUAAACAUAACUCCGGCCACCGUGCUUGGUGCUGCCUCUGCCACUGUUGUUGGGCUUAUUGUCGCCAAGGCGACUCCUCAUGUUGAAAAGCCACAACAAUUUAAUGAUUCACUAUACAAUGUCUAUUGCAAUGCCUAUCAAACGUCUAGGCAACUGUGGGAAGUUUUAGACAAGAAAUAUAAGCUGGAAGAUGUUGGCACCAAGAAAUUUCUUAUGGGGAAGUUUUUAGACUUCAAAAUGGUUGAUACCAAAUUGGUAGUCAACCAGAUGGAAGAAUUGCAAAUCAUUAUUAGUGAUUUGCAUAGUGAGGGAAUAGUCAUAAAUGAACCAUUCCAAGUCGCUGUUGUGAUUGAGAAAUUAUCACAUUCGUGGAAAGAUUUCAAGAAUUAUCUCAAGCGCAAGCGAAAGGAGUUGUCUAUGGAGGAUCUAGCACUUAGACUCUGUAUUGAAGAGGACAACAGAAAGGGAGAUAAAAUAUCUCACAAGUUUGAAGCAAGGGCCAAUAUUGUUGAGGCUUCAGCUGCAAUGUCCCAACUUAAAAAGCAACAAGCUAAAAAGAAAAGUAAGCACUUGGGUCCUAAAAAUAAUACUGCUAACAAACGCAUCCAAGGCAGUUGUUGGGUGUGUGGCAAGACGGGUUAUAGAGCUAUUGAUUGUCGUCACAAGAAGGGACAGAGCUCUGGAAACAACUAG